AUGAAGAAACAAUACCCCAAAGUCUUCACAGGACUGGGCUGCCUUACAGGGGAGUACAGAAUCAAGUUGAAGCAAGACGUCAAGCCCUUCGCAUUAUCACUGCCACGACGUGUACCUCUACCGCUGCAUGACAAAGUCAAAGAGGAGCUCCAAAGAAUGGAAAAAAUGGGUGUGAUUGUGCCCAUUGAAGAGCCUACAGACUGGUGUGCAGGCAUGGUGGUGGCACCAAAGCCCAAAGGAAAAAUCAGAAUCUGCUCUGAUAUGACCCAUCUGAAUGAGUAUGUUUGCAGAGAAAGACUCAUCUUGCCGGCCGUUGACGAAACCCUGGCCAAGCUUGCAGGUGCAACGGUCUUUACUAAGCUAGAUGCUACAGCCGGAUUCUGGCAGGUACCCCUACAUCAAAAAUCAGUCCCGCUGACCACAUUUAUCACCCCGUUCGGGCGAUACUGCUACAAGAGACUCCCAUUCGGGAUUUCAUCCGCACCUGAGCAUUUUCAAAAGAGGCUCACACAGAUGCUGACAGGGUUAGAGGGGACUGUAUGCCAUGCUGAUGACAUUCUCGUGUUUGGAACAACACGUGAACAACAUGACCACAGGCUGCACAGAGUGUUAGGGCGGCUCCAGGAAGAGGGCCUGACUCUCAAUAACGACAAGUGUCAGUUUGCGGUCAACAAGGUCAUGUUCCUGGGCCACAUCGUCAGUGCAGGAGGCAUUGAAGCAGAUCCAGGAAAAAUUAAGGCAAUCACAGAGAUGCCCACGCCAAAAGACGCUGCAGACGUGAAAAGGUUUGUUGGCAUGGUCAACUACGUGGGGAAAUUCUCUCCACGGAUAUCAGAGCUCACACAACCGCUAAGAGAACUGCUCAAAACAGACACAGACUGGGUGUGGGGGAGUGCACAGCAGAGAGCGUUUGACGAGCUGCGUAAGGAACUGAGCUCACCAACAGUACUGGCACAGUACUGCCUACACAGAGAGACAAUAGUUGCAGCAGACGCUUCGUCCUUUGGGCUGGGUGGAGUAUUGUCUCAGAAGCAGCUGUCUGGAGAAUGGAGGCCAGUUGCCUUCAUAUCACGCAGCAUGACAAUCACGGAGCGUAGAUACGCCCAGAUAGAGAAGGAAGCGCUUGCACUGACUUGGGCGUGUGAACGGUUUCAGUCUUACCUGAUAGGGAUGGACUUUUUGAUACAAACUGACCACAAACCUCUCAUUUCACUGCUAGGCAGUAGAGCACUAGAUGACUUGCCACCUCGCAUUCUGAGGUUCAGGCUGCGGCUGCUUCGCUUCACGUACAAAAUUGAACAUGUGCCGGGGAAGAAAUUGAUCACAGCGGAUGCACUGUCCAGGGCACCGAUUCAAGCCCCGCCUACACCAGAGGACGAGCAGCUGGAAGAGGAUGUGUGUGUCUCCAUCAACCUAAUAAUGGAGCACUUCCCAGCGUCAGAGCAGAGGUUGGUGCAGAUCAAGACAGCACAAGAUUCAGAUGAUGUCUGCAAAAGGCUGAAAGGCAUGGUGCAAACAGGUUGGCCUCAGAACAGAAAAGCUCUUCCACCACAACUGCAGCUGUACUGGCAGUAUCAACAGGACCUGCUCGUUGUAGAGGGACUACUGAUGAAAGGCGAAAGACUCGUCAUCCCAGUCACAAUGCAAGAGGACAUGAUUAACAAAAUACAUGAAGGUCACCAAGGCAUGACAAAGUGUGUUGCCAGAGCGCAGCAGUCAAUGUGGUGGCCAGGUCUGACCAAACAGAUCAAACAGAGAGUGGAAAACUGUGCAACCUGUGCACGAGAGGCUCACAACGCGCCAGAGCCACUGCUGACCACUACGUUGCCGGAGAGGCCAUGGCAGCGUGUGGCAGUGGAUCUUUUCCAGUGGGACAAUGCCAUGUACCUUGUGGUUAUUGACUACUAUUCGCGCUACAUAGAAGUGGCUAACCUUACCUCCACCACCACAGCCCACGUGACAGGAAAGCUGAAGACUAUCUUUGCCCGUCAUGGAGUCCCGGAGACUGUCAUCUCGGACAAUGGCCCCCAGUUCUCUGCAGCGGAGUUUGCAGCCUUCGCCAGGGACUAUGACUUCACGCACACAACCAGCAGCCCCCGCUACCCUCAAAGUAACGGAGAGGCUGAGAGGGCAGUGAGGACGGUGAAAUCUCUCCUGAAAAAGGGGGAAGAUCCACACAAGGCUCUCAUGGCCUACAGGGCCACUCCUUUGACACACGGCUCAUCCCCUGCACAGCUGCUAAUGGGCCGCAACAUCAGGACACCCCUGCCGGUCAGUCAAGAGAAACUACAACCUGGAUGGCCUGACCUCCAGGAUUUCAGAAAGAAGGACCAGGACUUAAAAGAACAACAGGCCUCCUGGUUCAACAAACGACACAACACAAAGACAAGACAAGAGCUCAGACCAGGACAAAAGGUCUGGGUGAAGAACACAAAAGAAACAGGGACUGAAUGCGAGACCAGGUGGAACAGCAAAGCGGCGAUGCUCUCCUCCAUCGCCAAACAACACCGGGAGAUACGGGAGUUACUGAAGGAAAAGGGCCAAGAGCACCGUAUGGAGAGAAUACAGGUGGAGGUCCUGACUACAAUUUCAGAGUUUUUGUCACUUUUCAGAGACGCUUCGGAGGACAUGGAGGACUCGGAGCGCACUGUGAGCCCCGAUUCCAAGACCCUGACUACAUGCGACACAUUCGAUCUCGUGCAAACUGAAGACGAGAGCGCGCUUCUACCCACACCAAGCCGUCCCAUCGAGGAGAUGCCCCCUUGUGGCGAGAAUUAG